AUGACUAGACAGUUUCUGAAGAACAAAGACAACUUACCUGGUGGUCCCCGCGACCCAGAACUCUUGAAGGAGAGUGAGCGUUCUGUCCUAGCAUCUGUACAGAGAGAUGAGUUCAGUGCAGAAUUUCGGUGUAUAGAGGAUAACAUAGACAUUCCGCAUUCUAGCGCAAUCAGACCUUUAUGUCCAAGAAUUGGUGCAGAUGGACUGCUACAUGUUGGUGGAUGGUUAAACAAGGUACCUGUUGAUUUGCUAAAUGAUGACAUGCACAACCCUAUUAUCCUACCAAAGAACAACCAUGUCAGUUACCUCAUCAUACGUCACUUCCACCAGAGGAUAUUUCAUCAAGGCAGACACUUCACAGAGGGAGCUGUACGUUCCACUGGAUUCUGGGUAGUGAGCUCAAGAUGGAUGACUGUUUCGGUUAUAAAGAGCUGCAUUGUUUGUCGUAAGCUUCGUGGACAACCAGGAUGGCAGCAUAUGGCAGAUCUUCCGGAAGAUUGUUGUAAACCGUGUCCGCCAUUUUCUUUUGUGGGUGUUGACACUUUCGGCCCGUGGCCUGUUGUGCAUCAUCGAACCAGGGGUGGAAGUUCAAGUCAGAAACAUUGGGCUAUUCUGUUUAUCUGUUUUGUGACUAGGGCCAUUCAUAUUGAGGUUAUUGAAGAACUUACCAGUGGUGCAUUCAUAAAUGCUUUGAGGCGUUUUAUCGCAGUGCAUGGUCAAAUCACACAGUUCCGUUCUGACAGGGGGACAAAUUUCAUCGGCGCAGUGAAUGACCUUGACAUUGAUGCUGAAUUAAUAGAAAAUGGUCCUGUUUCCAAGUUCCUGUCAGAUUCUAGGAUUGUUUGGAAAUUCAAUCCCCCACAUGCUCCUCACAUGGGAGGUGCAUGGGAGAGACUCAUCGGUGUUUCAAGGAAGAUUUUGAACGCUAUGCUACUGGAUCACAGACUGAAGGACAUCACGCAUGAUGUACUGAUUAUGUUAAUGGCUGAGGUAUGUGCUUUUGUUAACAAUAGAUCGUUAACAGAUGUUUCAAGUGACCCAGAAGCUCCAAUAUUACUUACUCCAUCAAUGCUUCUGACAAUGAAGACCAAACAGGAUACCGUGUGUUUUCCGUCAUUUGGUACCAAGGAUCACCUGCAUAACUUACAGCAUCGUAGGAAGUGGCAAGGCCAUUCCUUGAAUUUAAAGCCCGGUGACUUAGUAUUACUGAUGGAGGAUGACUCUCCGCGCAACUAG